CGGUUCGCCUGCAGGGACAGCAAUGGCGGCUCCUAAGAAGGAGGUGUGUGGCGGCGGCGGCGGCGGCGGGAGGAGGAGACGGUUCCUGGAGCUGUUUAAAACCGGUUACAACUUCGCGACGGAUAAGAACGACUUUCGGAGGAACCUAGUUGUCAACCUCGGGCUGUUUGCUGUAGGAAUUUGGAUUGCCCGUAACCUCUCGGAUAUCGAUUUGAUGGCACCUCAACCUCUUCAGUAGCUGUGACUCGGAUUGACGCAGAACCUCACAUCGUAGCUAGCAAUAGCUGGACUCAACUACAGUGCCUCACUGCUGACCCAGGGGGGUGUGAACAUUCGUCUUGGGCGGAAAGGAGUGAAGCAGACUGCCGGUGUACAGAAUUAAACUAUUAUUAUUAUGUAUUCGAUUUUGUUACGUAUGACAAGGAGCAGAUUAUAAAUAAAACCUGGAAUGACUGCCAA